CUUCAACACACAAAAAGAACAACGUUUGCCUUAAAUUUCACUAUGGGACCGCUUCGACGACGCGCUGUCAUCGUUGAGGUCGCUAGUUGCUGCGGUGCUACUGGUGUUUGAGAUGCUGCUGGUGGUCGACGCAGUUGUUGGUGUUGGGCUGGUUGAAACCACCAUGUCGUCGGUGGCAUCGGCAGCGGCAUCGUCGCCCACAUCCGCCGCCGCCGCAACAGCGCUGUCUUGUGGAGGAACCCCUCCAGCCGCCACAUCGAGCGCAACGGCGGCAGCACCGGAUGGAUGAUCGCCCAUGGUGUCAUCACCAUCGUCGUCGUCCAGCUUGUCGUCGUCCAAGUCGUCCAGCCCUUGAAAGUCGUCGAACUCGUCCAUUGUGUUACUCAGGUGGCUUUGGUUUUCCUUCUUGGCCGGGUCAUUCGACAGUGGCGACGGGGGCGGGGGGUGGUCCACACUACUCGACACCACGGGACCCACGGGACCCCCAACCCCCGCGGUGUCGCCAGACGUAGGCGGCAAUGGCUGUGGUGGUCCUUGGACAGACUUGGGUGGCGGCUCCUGCUUGAGUUGUGAAGCCACCACCCGUUGGUGCACCAUGGCGUCUGUCAACUGUUUGGUAAACUCGCCGGGAACUGCGGCGGAUUGCUGUUGCUGCUGCUGCUGUUGCUGCUGUAGUUGUUGCUGCUGCAACGACACUUCGUGCACCUUGCGCACCAGCGGGACGAUGCUGUCGACGAUAAACGUCUCGAUGGCCUGCAGCACGUUGGGUUCCCGCGGUUGCGGCGCCGACGCUUCCGUCUCAUUGAGCACGACCAUGGCAUAGUGAAUAUUUUGCUUCAUGCUUUCAGCCUUGGACGUUUGUCGCGAUCCAGACUGCGCCGCCAUGCACAAGAUCUGGUACGCCUUUUUCAGCUGCUCAAAGUACUUGGCUUUGAGGUCUUGAACUUUGGCCCAGUAGACCGCCGCCGUCGCGGGGGUCAUCGAAGGCGCCCCACCAACGCCCACAGUCGUCGCUGUGGUUGUGGUGGGGGUGGUGGUCGUCCCCGUUGCCGCGCUGGGUUGCGGCGUCGCGGCAGUGCCGUAUACUGACUGGGGCGUCGACACUUGUUGCUGUUGUUGGGGCGUGCCAAAGGCAGUGGCCACAUUCGUCAUGGACGACUGGCGGGAAAGUUGUCCUCCCCCCGUUGGAUCCAUAUGCUGUUGUUGCUGUUGGGGGGUGUACCCGCCAGUGGACGGCGUGGCGCCGCCCCCAAACGACUUCAUGGGGGGUUGCGAUGGAACGGAAGGUUGGCCAAAGAACGACGCUGCGUGCUGUGGCUGCAUGAGCCCGCCAUUGUACCCCCCGUGGUUGUGCAUGGAGCUCAUGGACAUGAUCACCUGCUGGUACGUGGCACACUGCUUCUUGACCGCGCCGUUCUCUUGCUGCAGCUGGAAGAUCAUGAGCCGUUGGUUCCACAUGAUUUCCACGAGCUUUUCCAUCGGUUGAAACUGCAUGCGUUGGCAAAACUCUUGGUAUGACAAGUUGCCUGGCGCGGCCGCGUGUUGGAAUGGAUUGCCGCCAGUGUUGGCCAUCAUCUGCUGCUGCUGCUGAAGCGCGGCUUGCUGCAUACUCGUGCCAUUGUCGUGAAAAAACGGCACGUUGUUCUGCGACAGUUGGCGCUGCAGCAUGUGCUGCUGCUGCUGGGCAAACGAGUUGGCCAUGGCAUUGGUCGGAGCGAUGCCAGCGGAGGCGGUGGGUGGCGGUACGCCUGCCUUGUUGGCGGCCGAUGGGUGGCUGUUGUUGGCCGUUGCAGCAGCAUCUGAAUGGGGUGGGGUGUUGUUCAUCCGUUGGCUCAUGUCGAUGCGGGCCAUCUCGUUCUGGGACUUGAUCAUGUACUCUUCACGAUUGGUGCUGGUCGUGGCAAUCUGAUGCUCGGUCCGAGCAGCCAUGCGCUGCAACGUCGUGUCGUCGAUUUUGGUUCCAUGGAGCUGCUUGUACCGCACGUAUAACGCUUGCAUGGCGGUACGUCGCAUGGUCGGAUCGGGAUAUGGUACGGUAUCCGUCGUGGACGAUGCCGGAGCAGUGCUGGGAUGGGUGUUCCCGAGCCCUGAUCCUGUAGCCGCCUGUGUGGACUGAGUAGGCGUGGCAGAGAGUGAAGCACCUGAAUACGAACGCUGCAGACCGUUGCCGCCACUAUUUCCUCCGCCAUGCAUGUUGCCUACAGUGGUGGAGGGUCCGUUUGUGGCAAAUGUGUUGCUUUCGGCCGUUGUCGACGGGUUGUUGGUUGAAUUACUUGCCAUUCCAUGCACGUUAGAGCUUGCAGCAGCUGCAGCUUGUGCUGCCUGGCGCUUCUUUGCCGCUGCUGUUGUUGACGGCGGUCGCUUUGCUUUUGGUGUGGUUGAGUCAGGUUUGGCGGCCGCAACGACAACCUUGGGCGGCGGAGCGGCUUUUGGGACGGCGGUUUUAGGUGGGGCUCUCACCCGUGCCUUCUUGGCAAGUGGGCCACCCACGGCAGAUUGAACAGCGCUUUGCAUCACGGUGGAUUCAGGCAUAUACAGGUGAGCGAACGGUGCAGCACUUGAGAUUCGUCGCAAGGAGGCAAGACGCAGAGAGAGCUCGCCUCGUACUUUACGUCUUCGAUUCGAAGAGCUAAA